AUGAAUGACCUCGUUCGAGGUGCUUUUGGGCAGCUCGUCCCAAUUGGCACACUCUACAAUGCCAAAUCAGACUCUUUUCUAGACGCCUCCAUCUUACGCAACGGACAACCCUUCGAUGCAGUGAUCGGCCAGAGAAUAAAUACUUCUGAAAUCACACUCACAAUGCGAGCGCAAGCGAGUAUCCUCCCAGGUGCAAUCAAGGUCAAGGGAUCUUCCGACUACCUUCAAGCCGAGUUCGACUCUACAUCUUCUCUCCAUUGCGCCUACCGUUGUACAUUCCUCACAGUGGCAGACGUAUUGGACCUAAGGAGAGUCAACCUGAGAGAGCAUAUGAACCUAACGCCUCUCCAGACUCUUGAUAGCACACAUGUGGUAACCGCCAUCACCUGGGGCGUGCGAAACACGUUUGUGAUCAAUCAUGAGUUUCUAGGCGACUCCGCAACACCCCAAGUUGAGCGUGCCUUCUGUCGGGACUUGAGUCGACUCAAAUCUUUCACAGAAUCCAUCGCUGGACACCCUCAUGGAGCAAGCCCACUGGGGCUUCGACACACCUUCUCUCUAUACUCCGAUGCUACCAGCGAGGGUCUAGAGAUGGCUGAGCUUAACGAGAUGCGGAAGUUUAUUCAUCUCCGCUUGGCCGACUUGCCAAGAAGGAACCAGGGGAGAGGGUUCCCCCUCUCCUACACCCUGCUUCCGAUCGACAAGUUACAUAGGCAUAUACCAAGAUUCCAAAGCAUAGUCGUCACUCCCAUACCUUUUCCCAUCGAAGACUUUACCGAGUUUAUGGGUCACUUUGACGAAUUCGCCAGCUGCAAGAAGCGACUCGGCAACUACUACAAGAGCUUGUUAGAGAAGCGACCAUACGUCUCAGAGGAGCACAUGCGUGUUGUUCACGUCGCAAUCGGUGAUUUGAACGAGUGGAAGACGCAUCUACAAGAAAGACUCGACCCGAUGCUGAAGGACAUUAGGAUGGGUAUCACGAACCCCCCGCGUCUCCACGGACUCUACAACGACAUCAUACUUGGAGCGGGAUGCCCCAGACAUAUUUCUCCCAUGAUCGGCCAAGUGGCGGAGAAGCUUCUCUUUCUGACCGAGGCUGUCGCUGCUGGUGCUAUAUACAUUAGCCACGGCGAGUCGCCCCUAGAGAAGAUCAAGACUCCUAGCAAUGACCCAGGUUGUUAUGCACUGCUUCUCAGCACCGCCACGAUCCAGCAGAAGAUAACAUGGAGUCAUCAAUGCAGUUCGUUGAUGCGUCUGCUAGGUCGAUCAACCCGGGACAAACCUAUCUAUGUCGUCGACUGCGAUGUCCCAUCUUGUCGUGUACAGCUGCAAGAAGCUCUCGUGGUAGAAAAACAGUCCGGGCGUGAUCUUGUCACUGAAUUGGUUUGGGAACACCCACUAGCUCCUCCAACGAACUUUGAUCCAGACACUCGAAACGAAUGGGAUACCAGGCGAAACGAAAAAAGCCCUGUCCCUCCCGAGAACGACCCCAAUUGGCAUUUCCCAAUCGCCACAGACCCCAGCGAGAAUGAAGAUGCUCAGGAUACUGAGGAUAAUGAGGAUGCCGAGGAGCUCGAACCCCCACCCGAAUACUGCUUGGUUCGUUAUGCCCUGGGUUCCUUGAAGACUACAGAUCGCUCAAACGAGGAAGAUGGUAAGAAGCCUAUGGAUCGCCGCCUCGUCAGGAUCCCCUGCCCUGGGAUACGCUGCAAUAACAACACCCUGCGCGAAUGGAACUGCUUCCAAUGCUCUGUGCCCCUCGAGGUUGGCGUGACAGACGACUACAUCUACUGCGAUUGUGGUCAUUGUCUCUGCAGCUCCUACGGCUUCAAGUGCAAUGGCAAGAAUCACGGACCAGGCUUCGACAAGUACCCGUCACACACGCUACUAGCCAUGCUUCAAAGCCUCAAGUCCCUCAAGUCGGACUCGAUCAACAUGUCGAUCCUCGGCGAGACAGGCGUCGGAAAGUCGACCUUCAUCAACAGCUUCGCCAGCUACCUCACCUACAACACCCUAGACGAAGCCAAAGCCGCCAAACAAUUGGCCGUACUCAUUCCCUGCUCCUUCUCAACCCAGAUCAUGGACAGAGAUGAUCCCAACGAUGAAAUCCAAGAAUAUUCCGUCCGCGCUGGGGGAUCAAGAGACGACGAAAGGGACGGCAUCAAGGGACAGUCGGCGACCCAACAGACAAACGUGUACCCCAUCACCAUCAGCACGACCACGUAA